AUGGCGUCCAAGACGACGGCAGACGCUUUCCAGGAGGCGCGAUACAUUGAAUUCCCAAGCCUCCCCGCUGAUGCGAAACAUGAGGAUGGCACGCCCGCGUUGAAUAGGUACUCUGCCAACAUCACAAAGGGCCAUGAAUUUCCGGGAGCGCAGGCAAUGCUAUAUGCUGCCGGAGUACCGGAUCGAGAUGCCAUGAGGAAGAGUCCACAGGUCGGAAUCGCUUCAGUGUGGUGGGAGGGCAAUCCCUGUAAUAUGCAUUUGCUCGAGCUUGGAAAGACUGUGAAGAAGGCAAUAUCGGAGAGGGGAAUGAUUGGAUGGCAGUACAAUACGAUUGGUGUCUCUGAUGCGAUUUCUAUGGGCAGUGAAGGCAUGCGUUUCUCUCUCCAGACACGAGAGAUCAUAGCCGACAGCGUUGAGACUGUGACCUGUGCCCAGUAUCACGACGCUUGUAUUGCUAUUCCGGGUUGUGAUAAGAACAUGCCAGGUGUUGUGAUGGGUAUGGCGAGACACAAUCGUCCCUCGAUCAUGAUUUACGGCGGAACUAUCGCUGUUGGAUAUUCCAAUCUGUUACGGAAGCGUGUCAGCGUCUCCACUUGUUUCGAGGCUGCUGGAGCAUACGCAUAUAACACAUUGCACCAGCCCGAUGAUGGAGGCGAUACGAGCAAGACGAAGGAUGAGAUUAUGGAUGACCUCGAGAGACAUGCGUGCCCCGGCGCUGGCGCAUGUGGUGGUAUGUUCACUGCCAAUACGAUGGCGACAGCCAUUGAGUCGAUGGGUCUGUCCUUGCCGGGGUCUUCUUCGACACCGGCGGAAUCGCCUGCAAAGAUGCGCGAGUGUGUGAAGGCCGCAGACGCAAUCAAGGUCUGUCUGGAAAAGAAUAUCAAGCCUCGGGACCUGUUGACCAAGCAGUCAUUUGAGAAUGCACUGGUCAUGACCAUGGCGCUUGGGGGAAGUACGAACGGUGUUCUGCAUUUCCUUGCUAUGGCUAGGACUGCUGGCGUAGACUUGACCCUGGACGAUGUGCAGCGAGUCAGCAACAAGAUCCCCUUUAUAGCUGACCUUUCUCCCAGCGGCAAAUAUUACAUGGCUGAUCUCUACGAGGUUGGCGGUAUCCCGUCGGUGCAGAAGCUCCUGAUCGCUGCCGGAUUGCUCGACGGAGGUAUUCCGACUGUGACUGGCAAGACGCUUGCUCAGAAUGUCGAAUCGUUCCCAUCUCUGUCACAGGAUCAGACUAUUAUCCGGCCUCUAAGUAACCCGAUCAAGUCCACGGGUCAUCUCCAGAUUCUUCGAGGAAACUUGGCACCAGGCGGAGCAGUCGCCAAGAUUACAGGCAAGGAAGGUACCAAGUUCACUGGCAAAGCUAGAGUGUUCAACAAAGAGCACGAGCUCAACACUGCUCUGGCGAAGGGUGAGAUUCCCAGGGGCGAGAAUCUGGUGCUCAUUGUUCGCUACGAAGGACCCAAGGGUGGACCGGGAAUGCCAGAACAACUGAGAGCCAGCGCUGCUCUGAUGGGCGCAAAACUGACCAACGUUGCCUUGAUUACGGACGGACGGUACUCUGGCGCUUCCCAUGGCUUUAUUGUAGGGCAUGUCGUGCCCGAGGCCGUCGUGGGAGGUCCCAUUGCCGUUGUCCGGGACGGGGAUACCAUCACCAUUAAUGCAGAGACAAAUGAGCUCAGUAUGGAUGUUUCAGACGAGGAGAUCCAGGAAAGACUGAGAAACUGGCAGCCUCCAAAGCCGCAUGUCACACGUGGCGUGUUGGCCAAAUAUGCGAGACUGGUCGGAGAUGCUUCGCAUGGUGCUAUGACAGAUCUAUUCUAG